GACUUGUUGCACACUUUAGAAAAAGAGUGGAGUUUUGGGAAGAUAGGGAAAGGACCGGAGGAGGAGGAAGACGCAAAAAUGUUAGGAAUUUUGAGUCGGAGAGCAUCAAUAACAGCUUCAAGACGCUCGCUUCCAUGUCGGAAAUCAAUUUCUCCGGUCAUUCCCUACAAUCGGACCUUCUGCACAAGCGUUCUACCCGAUACGCUAGACCGGAGCUCCGAUUUGUUCACCACAAAUUCCAAAUCCAUGGAAGAUCUCGUCUCUCAGCUCAAUUCUCACAUCCGGAAGGCGAUGGAAGGAGGAGGAGCGGAAGCUGUUAAUCGGAACAGGAGCAGGAACAAGCUUCUUCCGAGAGAGAGAAUUGAUCGUCUGCUCGACCCUGGUUCUUCGUUUCUAGAGCUUUCUCCACUUGCAGGGCACGAAUUGUAUGAAGAGAAAUUACCUUCUGGUGGAAUAAUUACUGGAAUAGGAGCAGUGCAUGGAAGACUUUGUAUGUUCAUGGCAAAUGACCCUACUGUCAAAGGUGGAACUUAUUUUCCGAUCACAGUAAAAAAACAUCUUAGAGCACAAGAAAUUGCUGCACAUUGCAAACUACCCUGUCUAUAUCUUGUUGACAGUGGAGGGGCUUUCCUUCCUAAGCAAGCCGAGGUUUUUCCCGACAAGGAGAACUUUGGCAGAAUAUUCUACAAUCAAGCCAUGAUGUCUUCCGAUGGUAUUCCUCAGAUCGCAUUGGUUUUAGGCUCUUGCACUGCUGGUGGGGCUUAUAUACCUGCAAUGGCAGAUGAAAGUGUAAUGGUCAAAGGAAAUGGUACCAUAUUUCUUGCUGGGCCUCCACUUGUUAAGGCUGCUACAGGAGAAAUAAUUUCAGCGGAAGAUCUUGGUGGUGCAAAUGUACAUUGCAAAACAUCGGGUGUUUCUGACUACUUUGCCCAAGACGAAUUACAUGCACUUUCUAUUGGGAGGAACAUUGUUAAGAAUUUGCACAUGGCUGGAGGCCAACAAAAAGGCUCAACACUUACCCCAACUGAUUUCAAAGAGCCAGUGUAUGAUGUGCAAGAACUUCGUUCCAUUGCACCAACAAACCUCAAGCAGUCUUUUGACCCCCGAUCAGCGAUUGCUCGCAUUGUUGAUGGAAGUGAAUUUGAUGAAUUCAAGAAACUAUAUGGCACUACACUUGUUACAGGCUUUGGGCGAAUAUUUGGAAAUCCCGUGGGGAUCAUUGCAAACAAUGGCAUAUUGUUUAGUGAAUCUGCUUUGAAAGGAGCUCACUUCAUUGAACUGUGUAGUCAGCGCAACAUUCCUUUGAUCUUUCUUCAGAAUAUUACGGGGUUCAUGGUUGGCUCUAAAUCAGAAGCAAAUGGUAUAGCAAAAGCUGGAGCAAAAAUGGUGAUGGCAGUUUCUUGUGCAAAGGUCCCUAAAAUAACAGUGGUUGUUGGCGGAAGCUUUGGUGCUGGAAAUUAUGCAAUGUGCGGGCGUGCUUACAGUCCAGAUUUUAUGUUCCUAUGGCCAAACGCUAGAAUAUCAGUCAUGGGAGGCGCUCAGGCAGCUGGUGUCCUCUCCCAGAUAGAAAAGGCCAACAAGAAAAGGCAGGGGAUUCAGUGGGGGAAGGAAGAGGAGGAAAGGUACAGGGCAGAAGUUGAAGAGAAAUAUGAGAGGGAGGGUGACCCAUACUAUUCCACAGCGAGACUGUGGGACGACGGCGUGAUUGAUCCAGCAGACACCAGAAGAAUCUUAGCCCUUUCCCUCUCAGCUUCUAUGAACCCCGGCGGCGCCGCCCCUCAAACCACCAGGUUUGGUGUCUUUAGGAUGUGAUAUACCCCGGAUAAUAAACAAAGAAAAUUGUUUCCCACAUGUAUGUAAUAAUGUUCACAGGAUGGUUUUGAAUAUUUUCCUCGCAAUAUUCUUCUCUUUUCCCCUUUCGUUGGAAUUAAGGCCUUGUUUUGGAACCACGUUUUCGAUCAGCGUUAGCGUUUUGGAUAAAAUUCUAAUGAUGUAGAUUCAUUCUGAAACCUCUAACGCUAAAGGCUAUCGUUAUUUGAUGCCAAACGGGGCCUAAAUUAGGGAUACUUUGUUUCGUUAUUUGAUCCGGAAAAGUGUACGACAUUAUGGACCUUUAGUCUAAUUAAGAAUUUUCCAAUUUUUUAAUGAAUAAAUUUUAUUUUUAUUUUCAUACCUAUUUCAAAUACUCCCUCCGUCCCAGAGUAUUAGUCAACUUUCAUUUUUACACAUCAUCCAAUGCACUUCUUUAAUUCAUUUUAUAUUGUAAUUUGUAUAUUAAAAAAUUAUAGAAAUUAUAUAUUAAUAAUCUAUAUGUUAAGACAAAUCAAACAAGAUCACACAUGACUAUAUUUAGGCUUACACAUUGAGAGAAUUUGAUUAGUCAAAGUGCUUAGAUGAACAAUUCCAAAAGUCAAAAGUGGACAAAGAGAGUGGGAUGGAAGUAGUACAUUAAAUGAGAAAUAAUUUU